CCAAAUCAACCACACACCCGGGCUCAGCAACAGCUCCCAGCUCCCCAGCUGGCGUGGUGAAACUGGAUGUAAACUGUCCUCACAUCGAUAUAAAAGAAAUCCAUUUUCAUUCUAUACCAACAGUUACUUAAACCUUUAGUGGAAAAACGGAGACGCGAUCGAAUGAACCGCAGUUUGGAUCAACUGAAAUCUUUCCUCUUGAAACAUUACCAAAACGAGAGUUUCCGAAACGGUAAAAUGGAGAAGGCAGAAAUCUUAGAAAUGACGGUGCAAUAUCUGAAAAACGCGGCUCUUACCAAUGGACCGGAACAUCAGGGAGCAGAAAUCACACGGCAGAACUACGAGGCUGGCUUUAAGGAGUGCCUCCUGCAGGUGAAUAGCUUCGUCCGAAGCUGCGCCAGGUUCAACUCGCAGUCCCGCAGCGGUCUGAUGGAGCGGCUAGCGGUCUUCCUGGACCGAGCAACCGAGAAGAACAGCAGCCGCCGAGUGUCGGAAUGUGCGAGUCCCUCCAGCUCCACUAUGGAGACUCUUCAACCGGGAGAGCGCGACUCCGUGGCCUGGGAUGUCGGCCCCGCCGCCUCCAAAGCCGCGAGGCCGAUGGCUGUUAUCCCCGCAGUCGCCAGUAGCCUUCCUGCGCACAGCGUAUCGCAUCUCCUCGCCGCUCGGUCCCCGCCCUCGCACCGGAUGCCAGUUCCGACCGACUUCACAGUGAAAUAUCAUGAACUUCAUGACUCCAGCUCUGCACCGUUUCCGGAGUUCCCUAGGAAAGUUAUUGCGUCUCCAAAGCCACUCCCUGGCCACCAGGAUUCCUCCAGAGGGACUGUUUCACACAAUGUUUGGAGACCGUGGCCGUAGGUCGGUGGGAGAAGGACCUUUUCUUUUGCUUUUAACAUUGUUCCAUUUCCCUUCCUCUUGUAAAUCACCAA